AUAUCUAGCCGGAUGUUGAAAAUCAUGUGGCGUUGUAAACAAAAUAUUAUGAUUAUCUGAACAUUUUGUUUAUAAACAAUCCCGGAAGUGAAUGUAUUAAUAAGAUUAUUUUGAUAAACAUCGUGACGGUCGUUUCCAUGCCGCUUCUGAAUAAUCAUCAAAACACAUUUUGGAAGUAUCGGAGAAAGAACGGAAAAAAAAAAUCAAAAUGAACACUGAAUUUGCGCUGGUUAUAAUUGCUGUUGUUACAUCAAUUGAAGUUAGUGCAAAUGAGCCACAAUGUGCCUGCUCGAAGUUUCAUUAUGAGGAACAAUUGUUAGAGAAAAUGGUGAGAAUGGAAUUUGCUGUGAAAAAUAUGAAGAAUGAGAUGAAUCAAGCAAGAAGUAGUGUAGCUAAGACUGUGGAAGAAUUCAAUCGUCUUAAAGAAAAUAGUGCGGAAGAAAAUUUAAAGAAUUCGAAAGUUAACAUACGCCCCGCCUUCACAGCCAGAUUGUCUGCUCAUAUUGAAAAGCUUGGAAAGAACCAGCCAAUCAUCUUUGACAACAUCGUGACAAACAUCGGACAAGCCUACUCGGAAACCUCAGGGAAAUUCACUGCCCCAAAGGAUGGUGUCUAUUAUUUUAUUGCAACUGUAUUGAGUUUCUCUGGACAGCAACUGCGCACCGAAAUUGUUAGAAAUGGACAGUUUAUGGUGAAAAUGUAUUCCUAUGACAAAGCUCACGAGCAGGGAACGAGUGGUGUUGUCUUGCACCUGAAUGCCUCUGAUGAAGUAUGGGUCAGGCAUUACAUGGGUACAGAGGGUGAAAAUGUGUAUGGUUACCACUGGUCUACAUUUUCCGGUUUUCAAAUUUAAUAAAAUUAUCUUUCUUACACUUUUUUUGAAAGGAUAAAGUCGCAGUGGUCAAGUUUCAAUGCUGUUAAUUCGGCUUUAAUGUUGAAACAAAUAGCUACAUAUUUGUAGAGCAAAUAGGAUAGUGUCUUUCAUCUGUGUUGUGCUUAGCAAACUUUUAAACACACACUCACACAAUUUUAUUGUUAAAUUUUAGAUAAGCCUGCAACCUAUCGCUUCGAGAUAAUCGGUUACGGUAAAAUGUGAUUGCUUAUCCUUACAAAAUUGUUGAGUAAAAUGUUUUUGUAAGUUAAUGGUCAAAGUAAAUAAGAGAAAUCUAAAUAAAUCUUUAUCUUUUUAAAAAUAACACUUGUUGUAAAGCUGUUAAAAGUGUGUAACAGACGUGUAUUUUAAAAAUAAUUAUAGCUUUAAAGAGCUGUAUGUUGAAAAUGAUCUGAAAUACUGUUGCAAUUUACAGGUGUCUCAAAAAAUACAUCUGUUAUUUUUUUUUACAUUUGAACGUUAUCGCUGUUAAACUGUAUCUUCUAAAAUAU